AGAAUGUUGAAAUCAACAUUCCUGUUGUUGUUCGUCAGUUGGGCAUCCGCCAAUGUCCAUGAAAGACUGCAGCUGCUGCAAGUGUAUCCACAAACUGACGAGGAGCGUUUCUAUCUGGAGCAGUUGAAAAAUGAGCACGAUGUAUGGUACUCAUCGGAAGAUCGUUAUGACGUACUUCUGACGUCAUCAAACAUCAACUGGCUCCUCAGUUCCCUGCAGAAGAGAGGCAUUGCAUCGGCGAUCGUGAAUGAUGACCUUGACAGAGAUAUAAAAGAGGAGUUUGAAAGGCUUUCGAAAAAUGAAUUGUUCUUCGAUUAUGAUGACUUCAACAAUCUUACCUCCAUUUACCAGGAGAUGGACAAGAUAGCAGCCAAAUGCAUUCCUGGCUUUGUAUGCGCUGUCGACAUAAUUGGAACUUCAGUUGAGAAGCAGCCCAUCAAGAGAUUGAAGAUAUCGAAGAACGUUGCAAACAGAAAAGUGAUUUGGUUAGACGCGACGACACACGCCAGAGAGUGGCUGACCACCGCUACAACUUUCAAAAUUAUGAAACAUUUGCAAGAUAAAUACAAGGUUGAUCCAACUGUAACCAGCAUGUUGGACAAAUAUGAUUGGCACAUCAUUCCUGUGGUCAACCCAGAUGGAUACAUCUAUACCUGGAAAGGAAGUCGUCUCUGGAGGAAGAAUCGAAGCAUUAAUUCGAAACCAACAUGCCCCGGUGUUGAUCUCAACAGAAAUGCUGACAGCGCUUGGGGAGCUGUCGGUGCCAGUGCUGACCCUUGCUCCGAAACUUAUAGAGGUCCAUCGGUUGCUUCUGAGCCAGAAACUCAAGCACUGCAGAAGCACAUCAAGUCUCUCGGAUCAAAUAUUAUUGAGUUUAUCAGUCUUCAUGCAUACGGUAAUUACUGGCUCAUUCCAUUCGGUCAUCUGGAUGAUGCAACCAAGAAAUGCUACGUUGCUCCUGAUGCUGCUGAAACUCUUAGAGUCGCAGACGCAGCCGCGAAUGCGAUUGAGAAAGUGUUCAACACCAAGUGGAAGAGAGGGCCAUCAUGCAACACCAUUUACCCAAACUCUGGUGGAAUGAUUGAUUACGCCAAGGCGAAAGCUGGAGUGAAGUAUACAACAGUACCAGAAGUCAGAGGAAAUGGUUUCAUUGUGCCUCCAGCACAAAUCGAACCAUCAUUCAAAGAAAUCUGGGCUGGUAUUGUGGCGAGUAUUGGAGCCAUCGAGAAGAAACCAUUCCUUGAUAUCAUACAAGAACUUAAGUCUCAAUAAACAAGAUUCCUGUGUUCACAUUAAAAUUUUAAGCAUUUGUUAUAUUUGCGGAUCCAUUCAUCAAAAAAUUUAAUUUCAAAAAACGUUUAAGCUUGUUUAAAUCCUGGUAAUAAAACUUUCAAACAUGUAAAGCAAAU